AUGGAUGAGCUGCGUCCAAACUUAGUUGGCGGGCUUUUAGGCUUACAACAAGGUCUUUUGGAAGAUCACGCAAAUAUGCAGCAUGGAGGCGUUGGGCAAGAGACCAAAUUUAUGUCAUUUCAGGAUAAUAGGUUAAUGGGUAUAACUUCUUCGCAUGAAAAUAGAUUGCUAGGUUUAGCAACCUCGGCUGUGCAGGACUCGCGUUCAAUUGAUAAGAAUUCACUUAAUCAUCAACGAAAGUGCAGUAGCACACCAGAGGAUUUCAGUUCACUAUAUUCUGGUCUACCCACACCUGGAAUGGAUUCUUCCUCCCAUCAUCAUACACCCGCGCAUACACCACCAACACGAUUGUCGGAUCACACGAUAUCCGCGGAAGGGGCAUUUAAGAAACUCAAACCCGAACCAAACAGUGGUCUGUCAACAGUUUCCUCCGGUAUUACUUCACCCGGAAGCGGUUUGUCUUCAUUAAGCCAACAUGCUGGCCAUACUCCAACCACAGCAUCCUGUCCGACGCCGGCGAGGCGAAGACAUCGAACGACAUUUACCCAGUGCGGGGAUUCCAAUUCUUUAAAAUAA